AUGGAUUGGUGCGGUUGCGAGUUCAUUUGUCGGCUCGACACAUGCCCCAAUGCUGUAACUAGCAUUUUCGGCGCCCGAAACAAUUGUCUGAACGGCAAAUACUGCGGCAAUCGUCUGCGGACUCUGGACGGGCUGCGAUUGGCCAGCGGGGAUGUUGGAUAUUCUGUUUUUACGACCGAGAAAAUCUUUGAGGGUGCUAUAGUGGCAGAGUAUGCUUAG